UUCAGUAGCAAUCCGUAGCCGGCGACAGCAACAACAAGCCCAAACAGAACCAUUAGUCGACCCGACCGAUAUUCAGCGGAAUAUAACAUAUAUAGGUUCAAAAAGCGCACACAAAGUAAACCAUGUAAAAUUCAGCGAUUACGGUAGAGAUAUGGUAAUGCAACGGUGGAUGUGAACUCCUUGGUUUGCGGUGAAUGCGUUCAACGGUGGAUCUUCGCUUGCACCUUUCGCGAUAGACGACAUACGGAUACAGAUACAGCUACAGAAUGGCCUCCAACAACAGUAGUACCACCGAUCUGGACAGCCAGGUCAAUGUGGAGGAUUUGCCCAUAACGUUCAAGGUGAAGUACAUUGGUUCCGAAGUGGCACGUGGCUUAUGGGGCAUUAAGUAUACGCGUCGUCCGGUGGACAUAAUGGUGGGCGUGGCCAAGAACCUGCCGCCCAAUAAGGUGCUGCCCAACUGCGAACUGAAGGUGUCCACCGACGGAGUCCAGCUGGAGAUCAUAUCGCCAAAGGCCAGCAUCAAUCACUGGAGCUAUCCCAUCGACACGAUCUCGUAUGGCGUUCAGGACCUGGUCUACACAAGGGUCUUUGCCAUGAUCGUGGUGAAGGACGAGUCGAGUCCGCAUCCCUUUGAGGUUCACGCCUUCGUGUGCGACAGUCGUGCGAUGGCGCGGAAGUUGACCUUUGCCCUGGCCGCCGCCUUCCAGGAUUACUCGCGACGGGUCAAGGAGGCAACCGGUGAGGAGGAGGGCGAGGCCACGCCCAGCGACACUAUUACACCCACGCGACACAAGUUCGCCAUCGAUCUGCGAACGCCGGAGGAAAUCCAGGCUGGCGAACUGGAGCAGGAAACGGAGGCGUAGUUAUCCUGGUGAUCCUGCGUUGGCUCCGUCAAUGAGAUGUGAUGUGUUAGUUACUUAACGUCCAGUGUUCACUGUAUCUGUAAAUUGUGGUUCUCUCACCUGGUAGUUGCCUCAUACAGCUAAUUACCCAAAGCCUAAGUGUUAAUACGAUUUGUAAACGAUUUUCUAAAAUAAAUUACGAAUAUGG